GAAGUGGGAGGUAGUAGAACCAUUGAAAGACAUAGGUUGGAGGAUAAGGAAGAAAUAUUUCUUGAUGAAGAUUAAAAAUCAACCAAAGGAACGGCUGGUGUUAAGCUGGGCUGACCUUGGCCCCGACAAGUAUCUGUCAGAUAAAGAUUUUCAGUGUUUAAUCAAACUUCUGCCUUCCUGUUUGCACCCUAAUAUUUAUCGGGUUACCUUUGCCACAGCUAAUGAAUCCUCAGCAUUGCUAAUUAGGAUGUUUAAUGAAAAAGGAACUUUGAAGGACCUGAUCUACAAGUCAAAACCAAAAGACCCGUUCCUAAAAAAGUAUUGCAACCCUAAGAAGAUUCAAGGCCUUGAACUCCAGCAAAUAAAAACAUAUGGACGGCAAAUAUUAGAGGUACUAAAGUUUCUGCAUGACAAGGGAUUCCCUUAUGGGCAUCUUCACGCCUCCAAUGUGAUGCUAGAUGGGGACACUUGCCGGCUGCUAGACCUUGAGAAUUCCUUGUUGGGCCUUCCUUCCUUCUACCGAUCUUAUUUCUCACAAUUCAGGAAAAUCAAUACAUUGGAAAGUGUGGAUGUCCACUGCUUUGGCCACUUACUGUAUGAAAUGACUUACGGACGACCUCCAGACUCGGUGCCCGUAGACUCCUUCCCUCCUUCGCCGUCUAUGGCUGUGGUGGCCGUGUUGGAGUCUACGCUGUCUUGUGAAGCCUGUAAAAAUGGUAUGCCUACCGUCUCCCAGCUCUUGCAGAUGCCAUUAUUCAAUGAUGUUUUACUAACCACUUCUGAAAAGCCACAGUUUAAGAUUCCCACCAAGUUAAAAGAGGCAUUAAGAAUUGCCAAAGAAUGUAUAGAAAAGAGACUAAUUGAAGAACAGAAACAGAUUCACCAGCAUCGAAGACUGACAAGAGCUCAAUCUCACCAUGGAUCUGAAGAAGAAAGAAAAAAGAGAAAGAUUUUAGCUCGAAAGAAGUCAAAACGAUCUGCUAUUGAAAAUAAUGAAGAGCAUUCAGCAAAAUAUAGCAACUCCAAUAAUUCAGCAGGAUCUGGGGCCAGCUCACCUCUCACAUCCCCGUCAUCACCGAUUCCACCCUCGACAGCAGGUUCAAAAUCAAUGUCUCUGGCCAUAAGAAUUUUGAUCAAAACCUACAUGUACACAAAGCGGUCGCCAUCUUUGGGAUGAACAGGUCUGCCCUCGGUGCUUCCCUGAACAGUGAGUUGUUUUUGUUUUCCUGUCCCCCACAGCCCUCCCCACCCCACUCCAAACCCAAGUGUCUGAGUUCCUUCCCUCCCCAGAGCCCUCAGCUGAUGUGGGAAGGGGAUGGGGCAGGAAGUAUCCCCAGCAUGCUCCCAGAGCUGCACUGUGUGAGUGGUCUGCCAAACCGGUCCCACAUGGGCCUCAUGUCCUGGCCUCUCCCCAGAGGAAGGGAUUAUUUCCAGGCAUCCAGGCAGUGGGGCAGAUUGGUUCAUUAGGAACUCUGGGAUUCACCGUCAGUGAAAGUGUUAUCCUUCAUAUCUCGCCUGAAAUUUAGUCAGUUAAAAAGAAGACAGGAGAAAUGUUUACCUCGUUUUUGUUUUUGUUUUUUAAAUAGUUUUACAGCCUUAAGUAAGCUAAUGCCACUCACUGCCCGAUUCAGACUCUAGACCCAGCAGACUUCAGGGGAGGGGCGCCCACAUGCUCCUGCCCAGGAGCUCCACCUGACACCUGUGCUCUUGCCCUUCCCAACUUUGAAAAGACAGGUCUCCAUUUUAGACUGUAGGAGUCUUGCUUGGAAAAAAGUGGUGAGUUCUAAUUUUUCUCCCCUCUUGAUAAACUGUCUUUAUUUAGUAAUAGGACUAAAUAUACUCCCAGUACCCGUUCCACUUUUCAGAGGAGGUAAAACCUUCGUGGGUCUUUUGAAGUGAGUGUUGUGCUUGUAAAUAAAGAAAAAUAACAUCUAAUUGGCUCAGAAACAGAAAAAAAAAAGAACAAGGAAAGCGACUCAUUGAUUAUCAUAUUAGUAUGUUUGCCAUGUUCUGAAGGGGUCACAAUCGUGUUUACAUAACAGUUCGUUUAGUGCUUAACUUAAGUAUCUCCUAGUUUGGCAGUGAGAAUAAUCAGCAUGUAAUUCAGACUAAUAUUUUACUGUCUCUUACUAUUUGAUUAAAUGACACUAAAAUCUGAGUAAUGACUUGUGUCCCUUCUCUCUUUCUCUUUGCUGUUUUCAGUAGAGCAUGCACCAUUUUGAACGUGAAUUUUCGGUAAAGUAAGCUAUACUGAUUUCUCUAACUUUAAAGAUGCUCUGUUUCUGUUGGUGAAAUGGGAACUAGUGUAUCUAGAUCACUGAAAUGACUAACAAAUGGGAAAGCAGAUUUGAGAUGAUUUCCUUAUCUGAAUAUUUAAAUGAAAUACAGCAUCUUUAAAAAGCACCCACGUGACUUCAUUUACAUUCAUUUCAUUUUCAUCAUGACCUUCAAAAUUUUCAUUUUCACCCUGAUUUUAGUUUUAAAAUAUAGCUCUAAAACCUGCAAAUCAACUGUAUGGCAUUUUGGUAUAUUUUGAUUUUGGAAACUAGGAUCUCAAAACAUUUUGUUGCUGCGAAAAUGUUGGUUCUUUGUUAUUCUGAUGAAGAGGAAAGGGUAUUAGGCGAUUGAGUUCUUGGUUAUGGAGAGACAACUUACUGUCUUUUAUACCUGGCAACAGGGAGAAAUGGUUCUUUUUUAAGCAUCCUUAAUAAUUCUUGAGUUGAGACAUGAGUGCAGCCUCCUCGUCCGUUUGAUGCAAAGGCAAAGGCAGUUGACAAGAACUGCGUGCUGCCUGCUUCCAGGGGUCACUGCUCUCCAUUCCCUCUUGAGGGUAGCUGACAGGUCUGGUGUUGGUGUGGUGGCCCUGUGGCCUCCCCACCUCUUUGUGUGGACCAAGACACUUGUAGGUUGCCCCUGCUAAGUUGUCCCCAAGGAAAGGGGACACUUAGACAUCCCUUCUACAAGGCUGGCGAGGAUGUUUCUGGCAAGGUGUUUCUCCCCUAGAACUAAGCUGUUAAUGCUCUUGCUGCAAUAGUCGAUGGCCUGUUCCAGAGCCCCUGCUGGAUUGCCAGUCUCCCAGUUGGUUUGGUGGAUGGGAUUCUGGGAAGGGUAGAGUAGUUGGCUCUUGGGGUAUUUGUCUAAGAGGAAGUAAGAUUGGAGAGAUCAGGGCUGACCUGGUUAUAAUUGUAGAUACGCUGUUUUAGAGCAUUCCUCAUCCUGGGUUGUUAUAGACCAAUAUUUUUCAAAGCUGUAUGAAUUCAGGUAGUAAUCAAUCUAACAUGGACUCUGUCCAGUUUUGUCUGCGGCCUGGGGAUAAGGAAAGGGGGAUAAGGGCUUUUGGAGGCCUCUUGUUGGAGAGCAGCUCAUUCACAUUUGAGGAGUAGGGGAGUGCAGGCAUUUCACAGUUGUUCUCAGGUUUGUCACAGGCCAAACAGCAAACUCUGAAUUUGGCCCUUGUUAACAUUCCUCCCUUCCCCCCAUUGUUAAUAAUGUGUUGUAACUUAAGCCCCAAUGAACCUUUCAAGGAAGCUUGUGGACCAUAGAAAAGGCAAAAAGGAAAAGCAAAAAGCAAAAAAAAAAGAUGGAGCUUGUAUUCAGAGACUGAGUCCCUGGGUCUGUGUUCCUGCCUCCUCCAGCAUUGACCUUCUGACUCCUGGAACUUCGCUCCCCUCCCAGAGUGCCCUGAGCUAGCGAGCUGAGUUCCAACCUCCCUUCCCCUAAUUGUGCACAUAGAGAUCUGCCCUGGUUCUCAUGGGCUCAGUGAGGAAAAGUAGACCUCAUGGGACAUUAGGCUGUUUAAGAUUGAUUCAGCCCUCUGUGAGCAGACAUCAGGUGACCUUCCUCUGUGCCCCUGGAUGAGCAGCCUUGCCUUUCGCACAGCCCUCAGCCUUCCAUUUGCUUUAUAGACACAGGUUACCCUGUGGCACUUCGGACAGUGUGUUUAUUUACACUAACAUAUUCAGAGAUUUAUUGAAAGUGGUAACAAUCUCAGCCUUUACUUGGAAAAUGAAGAUCCAUUUACCGGACAUCAUCCCCAACUCCCAAACUCUAUGGUAGUGAAUUUACACCUUUAAGUUUGAGCACCUGGUAGUAGGGCUAGAGUGUCAAGGGUUGGUUCCUUGUGAAGGCCAAGCAGUUUUGUUCUGUGCUGAGAUGGCAACCCAUACCCAAGUUCAGCCCCCAAGACCCAUUUUUAGCUUCCCAGAAUCCUAGGCUGAAGGUGUAUCAGUCUCUGGACGGCCAGUGUUUUGCCUUUAGGACACAAGUGCUAUUGCAGCCCACAGCCUGUCUUCUCAUCUCUAAUGCAGUGACUCUUCUGCCAGGUUCAAAGCACAGAGCUGGAAGGCAGAAACACUGAUGGUUAUCUGAUGCAUAUUAGGCCCUGAAGGUCAGGUUCAGAUUCUGCUGCCUUUUUCUGGUCUUUGGGUGGAAGGGGGUUGGUAUUGGUGCCUGCUCACUCUUCCAGACUCUCUCUGUGCUGCAUUAAGUUCCAAGAGCCUUCAGAGGCGAUCUCCACUCUUCCUGGUAUUUCACUGGUUACUAUCCAGAAACCCCAUUCAGGGGAAAGCUUAUAUCACACACUUAUUCUCCCUGCUCUUCUCACCUCAACACUCAUUUCAGGUUUAAAGUCCUUUUUAUCUUUGUAACCCUGUAACAUAAAGCCAGGAGCAUUUUCUCACAAUCCACCCUGGCAUAGAACAUAAUCAAACUUCAUUCAUGUUAUUUGUUAUUGUAUAAUACCAACGGAAAUUACAUUUUGUUCAUUUGUCUGUAUUUAAUGUUCAUUUCUAUUGCUAUAUCACUGUUAUUUGAGAAUUCUGAGAUUACAGUGCAUGAGUGUGUGUCUCUGUAUGAUUCUUUAAUUUCAGCUGCCUUAGGUUUGGGUAAAGAUGUAGAGGAAGGUAAGUCGUUUUCUAUGAAACACAAGACUUUAACCAUUACCUAUCAUACCUUAACCAUUGCUUGUCAUGCACUUAUGUAUUUUAUUGGUGAUCCUGAACCACUCAUUCAUAUAAACUCAAGUGAUGAUUGGUAUGUUUACCUGUUAACAUCACAGCUCAGUAGUUUAGAGGAGGGACCACCUAGCAGAAUGUCUCCCUUGUGUAGCCCUAUGAAGGGGUAGAAGGAAAGACUAGAAGCAGAUGAGUAGAGGUAUCAAGAGCUGCAAGUUAACAGAAAGUGGGACAACUCUGUGACACAGGCAAGUUCUUCAGAGCAGGGCUUUUUCUGUAUUCAGUGUUUAUUUCAACCUGGGAGAACAAGUCAUUUAUUAAUUCAAAACUGUAAAAUUCAAGUGCCAAAUGUUUGUGUGUCCAGAAGCUAAGGGAAGUUUCAGACACCUGUCCAGUUCCCUUCUCCUUGCUCACUGGGGUAGAGCUCAGCAUUCCAGUCUCUCUCGAUGUGUCAGCAAAGAUGUAGGGUUAAUGUGGUUCCAUUCUGUUCCCGGGUUGGGCCACAGUGGAAAGAAGGGUGCUUGAGGAAGUCUCCUCCCUGAGAGUGCUAUUGCUGGGGAGAGAAAGCCCUUUACCACCUGCUUUGCACUGCAAUAAUUUUUAGUUUUUUAUAUUUUUUAAUGCAGCCUAAUAGGAAAUGAUUAUUUGAGACAGAUGCCCCUGGGGAGCCCAUAACCCAGCAGGCACUUGGCAAGGAUUCCUUGCCAAGAAUCCUGAGUGGUUUGUCAUUUUAUAUUAAAUCACAUCUUUCAAAUAUUGUGUGUGUUGGAGCAGCUAAAGAACUGUUUAUCCCUUAUUAUUAAUCGAUAUUCAGGUAGCCCAACUCUGUGCAUACAGGUGUCUAUCUUUAAUUGCUAGCUCAGGAGUAGAUAGGGCUGUCUGGGACCUGGCUAAAGAGCUGAUAGAAGUUUUCUUUUGUUUGUUUCUUCCUUCUUCCUUCCUUCCUUCCCUUCCCUUUCCUUCCCUUCCCUUUCCCUUUCCUUCC